AUGACGAGCGUCGACGAGCUCUUCAAGAAACCUUUAUCGGCAGCAAGUUCCAAGCGCAAGUUCGAGUCCGUCCGCGACCCAAAUGAGCUGUACAAAGCCGCGAAAAUAGAUCCCAAUGGCGAUGUAAAAUCAAAAGGAAAGGGCGCGAUGGUGGAGGAUGAAGAAGCGGAAGAUGAUGACGGCGAAGCUGGACCCGAGCUGCCUCCCGACUUUGACCAGGAGGAUGUACCGGAUGACGAAGAAGGGCGCUUCUUUGGCGGUGGCAUGGAGCGGAAGACGGCGCAGGCGAUGCAGUACAUCGAUCAGCAGGAAGAGGAGGAUGCUGUGCCCGAGAAAUUCGACUCGACAUGGGUGCGCCGAUUCGCUCUGGGAUUCGAAAAGAAGAUAUCUAAGAACGCCGAACUGCGUGCGAAAUUCGAGACCGAUCCCCAAAAAUUCAUGGCAUCCGAGGCAGAUUUGGACACCGAGAUCAAGAGCUUGUCGAUUCUAUCCGAGCAUCCGAACCUGUACGAAGAGUUUGCUAAAAUGGGUUGCGUGGGAUCAUUGGUUUCCCUGCUUUCUCACGAGAAUGCCGAUAUUGCCAUCGAUGCUAUCCAAAUCAUCAGUGAGCUGACAGAUGAGGAUGUUCAAGCCGAGCAAGACCAGUGGGAUAGCUUGGUCAACGCAAUGAUGGAUGCCGAUCUCAUUGAACUGUUGACACAAAAUCUCUCGCGUCUUGACGAGGGCUCAGAGACUGACAGAGCGGGAGUUUAUUACGUCUUGAGUGUCUUGGAAAAUUUAGCUUCUCAGUCGUCCCUCGCGGAGAAGAUCGGGCAAGACGCUACAAUAUUGCCAUGGGUUUUGUCACGCAUUCAGCAGAAAGAAGUCCCCGUCAGUCAGAACAAACAGUAUGCUGCGGAGAUCCUAGCGAUUUUGUUGCAGUCGUCCUCGAAGAACAGAGAGAAGUUUAUUUCACUCGAUGGCGUUGAUAUUCUCCUUCAGCUACUCAGCCAAUACCGGAAACGAGAUCCGGCAAAGGAUUCUGACGAGGAAGAAUAUGUGGAGAAUUUAUUUGACACCUUGAUCUGCCUGGUAGAUGAGGAUUCUGGCAAGGACAAGUUUGUGCAAGGUGAAGGCAUUGAGCUCGCGCUGAUCAUGCUCAAGGAGGGCAAAUUCAGUAAACCGCGCGCGCUGAGAGUUCUCGACCAUGCAUUCGGCGGCGUUGGGGGUGCGCCUGCAUGCGAGAAAUUGGUCGAGGCUGCAGGGCUCCGAACGAUUUUCGGGAUGUUCAUGAAAAAGCAAGAGAGCCAGAACAUCGAGCAUUUCCUCGGUAUCUUUGCCUCACUUCUUCGACUUCUGCCAGGCGGGUCUGCAGCACGCAUUCGCACGCUGGCUAAAUUCAUGGAAAAGGAUUACGAGAAGAUCGAUAAGCUCAUCAAGCUGCGCCGCGAGUACGCUGCACGUAUCGCCCCUGUGGAGCAAGCUAUCGAGAAGGAGCGCAAAUCCUUAUCUAAAGAGGACCAAGAAUACAUGGCCGCCGAGUGGCUGUCGCGGCGCUUCGAUGCUGGGUUGUUCUCAUUACAGACAAUCGAUGUCAUCUGCUCAUGGCUGGUUGCCGAGGAUGAUGGCGCAAAGAAGAAGAUUGUGUCGCUCUUGGCGGAUCGGGAUGAGGAUCUGAGCUUGGUACGGAGCACUCUACAAGAACAACUGGAAGGCCUUGGAGAAGCGGAACCGGGGCAAAAGGAUUUCAAGGAUAUGCUGAGCACGCUGCUGCAGUUCUUGUGA